AUGUUUGAAGUGUCGAGUGGGAUGAUGGCUUAUAAGGUAAGGCCCUUAGAAGAUAGCAAUGAACUGUUUCUGAUCGACAUAGUCCGAAGCUAUUAUGACGAUCAUGGACUCGUUGACGGACUUGACAAGUUAAAAGAUCCCACUAUCAAAGAUCGGACUGAUAUGAGGUCUUUUCAUAAAUUUAACGAAAUUGCACAUGAGUGCAUUAACAUGGACAUAAAGAAACGCCCCACGAUGGAUAGGAUCAUCAAGGCGAUUGAGGAAGCGUUGGAUUUCCAAAUGUCUGGCAUCUCCGAAGGAAUCAACUCAGUGGAAUAUUACGAUGACUUUUGGGAGCCACUUCUGCCACAGGGUUACCAAGAAAUCGUUGCGAGGGCGGUUCCACCGUUGGAUUUUGACUCUAAAAAGCAACUCUACUUUUGCUUAUCGGACUCGCCUAUUUUCCUCGAUGAUGGCUACCUGAGCUUCCAACUAGAUAUGGAGAGUGGGAAAAAGUGUUAUAUGUUGGGCGCAAAGCAGCUAUCAAUUGAAUGGCAAGAUAACCCAAACUACUGGGAAUGGGGACAUACACUUAAAUCAAGGUUUCCACAAGUUUGUAUACUUAAAGAUGUAUGUUGGCUUGCUAUCCAUGGCAAAAUAGCAUCUAUGAUGUUGUCGGGAUACACUACAUAUGUAGCAUACCUUGUCUUUCGAACUACUAGCAAUUCACGAGGACUUUCUGUGCCCGCUAAAACAACGGUGAAUUUUCAUGGGGUAAAAAUCGAGACCGAAAAUGUGUAUCUUCAAAGACCAGAGGCUAGGGAAAUAUGGCAAGAAAAUGAUAGGUUUCCUCAUAGGAGAAAGGAUGGGUGGAUGGAGAUCAAAUUGGGAGAAUUUAUUAAUUACAAUGAAGAAGAUGCUGGUGAGGUUGAGAUGGCUUUUGACGAGGUUAAGCAUUUAAACUGGAAGCGUGGUCUUAUCGUGGAGGGCAUUGAGCUUCGACCUAAAUCUACAUCUACUGAUCAACAUUCACCAUUUGUAAAUCACACAUACACACACAAACAGAGGGAGAACGAGAUGAUCAACGAAGUAGCCAGUCGAUCGGAAUUGCCAAAACCUCGUCAGCCAUUGGAAUUGCAAGAACGUCAUCAGCCAGGCAUACUUUCACGAAGUUUUCUACAAAAAAUAUUAUGGAAGUGUACGAAAACUAACAAAAUAAGAAAUUGA